UUUUAUAUUAUUUGUUCAAGCGGAAGUGAAAAAUCAAAAUAAAUUGAGUGAAUUUGGAGGUUUUCCAUUGAAUAACGUAUUUUCAAAGGAGGGCAUUAGUGAUUUAAAUAAAACACAUCUGGAUGAUUCACAUAUUCCGAAUGACAAUAUAAAUCACGCAAAAAUAAUAACAGCACAACCAAAACUAGAAAAAGGCCGUUUAUCUGGCAUGGGUCGUGAUAUUAUAGUACAUGCAGCAGAAGUAAUGUUAUUGGCAAUAAAACCGUUCAUACCAAAGCCCAAAACGGAUGGUUUCGAUACAUUCAUUAGAAAAUUCCCCGGUGCAGAGCAAAUAAAAAACGCUACGGCGGAAAUUUUGAGACACUCUCGUGCAAUUUAUCCAGGAACUAAAUGGUGUGGAGAUGGAAAUAUAAGUGAUUUUGAUAAUGAUUUAGGUUUGUUCGCUGAUGCCGAUGUUUGUUGCCGAGAGCAUGAUAAAUGUCCCACUUUUAUUGUCCGUGGUGGAAGUAAAUUUGGGCUUUAUAAUAACGGACUUUUUACAAGGUCACAUUGUGAUUGCGAUACUGCUUUUUAUGAAUGCUUAUUAAAGAAUUCCAAAUUAUCAUUACCGUCAUUACAAUUAGGUGUUACAUACUUUAACAUUCUUGGACCCCAAUGCUUCAAAGAAGAUUAUCCAAUCAAAAAUUGCUUAAAAUCAGUUUUAACAGUAAGUAAUUUAACAAAGUGUACGGAAUAUGAGCUUGAUGCGACAGCUAACCCAGUUUAUCAAUGGUUUGACAAUAAACUGUUUUGGAUUGUUUCAUUGCUCAAUUGA